AAGCAGUGGGGGCAAGUAGGGGGUACCGUGCAGUUGGGUAGGGACCUCAAAGGCACUUGCUGAUCUUGGCUGCUUGGGUGGAAAAUUGUAAACAGCCAAAGAAUUUUGUUUGCUUGCAUGAGGCCAGGGGACGCUGCCCAGGUCCAAGGCAAAAGAGCCUGGGAGGAGGGAGAGGCCACAUCCUGGAAGCCCAGGAGCUUAGGCAGGGUUAUGUCACCCCCGCUCCCCCUCCUGAAGGCCCCUGGUCCUCCCACUAACCCCCACCCUUCACCUGCCCACCAGCCAGCCAGGCUGGGCCAGAAACACCAGGCCUGAGGUUCAGGAAAGAGGGGCAUGGCCCCACCCUGGAUGGACACAGACACUUCUACUCCAGGGACUCGGCAGGAGAUGGGCAGCAGAACCAUGCACACUUGAAGUGCCCACGUGGCCUCCCUCACAGACCCCUGAGGAGCUGCUGAUAGCCUUGGGGAGGAUGCAGCAGGAUGCAUUUUGGGGGGAUUGAGGGGUGGAAGCCCACCCUCAAGCCCUGGUAUGUUCACCCAGGUGGACCUGAGGGCCCCCCUUGACCAUUGUCAACAUUCAACCCCUCCAAGGAAGUAGCCCUGGCAGUACAAACAGGGUGUGUCCACCAGACUCACCUUUAGGCCAAGACCCCAGACCCUUCCCAACUGAGGCGCUGAGGGGUAGGAGCUCCAUCCUAUCCUUGAAGCCCCCUUGGGUACCUCACUCUGUGUUCGGUGGGGCAGUUCCUCCCACCUUCAACCUUGGAAGAAAGACUGAAGUUCAUGGAGAUGGCAUAGAAUGCCCCUCACCUCCCAGCAGAGACAUGGGACCACCGGUCAUGACGGGGCUCUGGAUGGUCCCACACCCUGCAGUGCAGAAGUGAGACUUGCCGCCUGCCUCCCUGCCCUGCCUGCCCCUCUGGCUCUCUUCUCCCGCCCCAGACUGGCUGUCAUCAAAGCCACUGCCAGCCAGGUGGCAGAAGUACUAAGUGGCCCAAGCCCUAAGGAAGGACUGGGGCAGGGUCUUGGGGGCCCAUCAAACCUCCACUUGAGAACCCCCGCUCCGACCUCUGACCCUGACCGGCCCUUCCCAGCUGGCUCCUGGGGACUGAGAUGGCAGCUGAGCCCCUCAUUACCCACCUCCAGCUCCCCAGCUAUGGAGGGACAAGUGAAGAAACGAGUCCCUGGGGGUGCCCCAUCUGACCAAUCCCUCUGCCAGAGCUGCCUGGGGCUAGGGGGUCUCUAUUGCUUUUUCCUUAUUUGCCUUGACUGCCGGCCUCAGUUCCAGGACCACUGCGUGGGGCAUCCUGUUGCUCUGAAGCCCUACGGGGGGAGGGGUCGGCCCUACCCGCCCCUCCCUUGUGCCCGCUCCGCUCUGGCCACCAACUCCAGCCGGUCCGGCUGCCUGCCCAGUCACCCGAUCCGCCCCGUAAACUUGACGGCGGGGCGCGGCUGGCUUGGUGGGGGCGGGGGCUUCUCCUUAAAGGAGCCGUCAGAGGGUGCCCUAGGGCCCCUCGGCUUCUCCCCUUCUGCAGGGUGAGAAGGGGCCAGGGUGAGGAGCCGCUGAUGCCGGAGCUCUCGGUGGAGUGUGGGAAGGCAACCUGGUGUUUUGUGACGUCGCAGACCUCACGGGCCCAGAAGAGGCAGCGGCAAGUGUCAGUGGAAGGAAGGAGGGAGGUGGGAGUCCUAGGGUGGGAGGGGUCUGGAAGCGGCAGAGCUAGGCGGGGGUUUGGGGAGAGCCGUCUGGAACGUGCCCCGGCAGCUGUGCCCCUUGCUUGAAUGCACCCCAGGACCUAGCCCCACGCCAGGGCUACUGUGCCCGGCACCUGCCCAGCCAACUUCUGGGAGAGAGGGUGGACAUAGCAGCCAGAGCCUGACCCCAUCUGAGAGGUCCAGGGAAGGGCUCUGGCUCAGAGAAGUGGAGGGUCUCAAAGAUGGGGAAACCCUGAGGGCGAAGACGGGAUGGAGAGGCUCAGGGAGACUCUGGAGGCUGGAGAGGGAAGGGCAGCUCACCCGAGCUGGGGGUGAGAAUCUGCUUUAGGCCCUUGGCUCUCCCCACUUGAUUCCUCUUGGGUCUGAAGUCUGAGCUCACAGAAUUUCUGUGUGUGACCAGCCCCUCCCACCCUCUGGGGUGGGGAGAGAGAGGUCAAGCAAAAAGCUGGGGCUGCUGGAUCCAAGUAGGAGCAGCUCCCAAAUCAGAAACUGAGGCGUCUGCCCAGCCCUGGGUCUCCCGGCUGCACUUAUCCCUCUGAGAAGUGGGUUUCCGGAGUGUUUCAGAGUUGAAGGCAGUGAUUGACGUUGCAGUUAUAAUAUUUGCUCACCUGCAUGUCCAGAGAGACUCACACACUUGUGCACAAACACAUACACACAUGUGCAACACAAACACGUAUGUACUUACAAAGUGUACAACCCCCAGACAUGUACACACUGUGUAGACAUGCAUACAAUGCCGUGUGUGCACACAUGCCUGCCACACCUACAUGUGUAAUACAACACACAUGCCACAUGGUUUCACAUAGAUAUGUACACAUAUGCCUGCAUACACACUACACACACACAUACUCACUACAGAAUACAGAUACACAAAGGGAUCCUUAGAAGCACAUUCACGCUCACAGACGCCCACACCAUUGGCGCCAGCUCCAAAUGUGCUUCUGUUCCUCUGUGGGCCCGUGGGUGCACAGCUACCUCCAGAGGCCUGACCCCCCUCCUGUUACCGGCACACCCAUGACUGUCUUGUUUUGCUCAUUGCACUUGGCACCACUGCAAUGACUGCACCUAUCUGAGUCCUUGUUGGUACUCUGCCCCCUCCUGCAGGAGCACCUUGUCUGUGUGCCCCACUGCCCCCAGCCCCAGUCCCAGGCUGGCAUGACGUAGGCAUGCAGAGUUUGUGAAUUAAUGCCUGUGGGUGUGUGUACAUGAGGGCGGGUUACUGGGGAGGGUGACGUGGUGGGGCAGGCGCCUGCCAGUAUGGGGUUGACCCCGAUGGUGUGCCCAGCGUGGGUGUGUCUGUGAUUGUGGCCAGGCAGGGCACCCUCCAAGGGAGAGGAGGACUUGCAAGUGGAAUGCGACCCCCCAGCCUCUUUCCCCUAGGGGCUGUAAUCUGAUCCCUGGGGACUCCCCCCAGCCUCCCUCCCUAGCUCUCGCUGCAGCUCCUUCUCUUCCAGAUCCGGGGCAGAGUCCAGGGUGGCUCAAGGCUCCUCCACACACGCCCGCUGAACCCUGAGCUCCCUGAGCUGCAGGGAUGGGGCGGGCUGAGGCCGCCGCCAUGAUCCCAGGCCUGGCUCUGCUCUGGGUGGCAGUGCUGGGGGGUGCUGCCCCCAGCACGCCACGCCUUCGCCUCUCCUUCCAAGCUGGCCUGGCCGGCCCCUGUGGAAUGGCGAGAGGAGUGCAACUGGGCAGGGAAGGACAUUGGCGUGAGUGUUGGCUGCCUGGGUGGGAGUGGGGAGGGUCAGCCCCUCACUCUAGAGAUGGGCAGUGCUAAAACAGAAGCCUGCCUGUUCUGGCUAUGAUGGGGGCAGGAGGGUUGAGGUGGCUGAAGUCCAGAGGUAGUGAGUCAGGGUGGGGGCUAUGUGAUUCUUCUUGGAGGCCUCUGCGUCAUGGGGGGCAAUGCAGGCAUGCUUCCCAAUGAACCCAUUCUGGUGAGAGGUGAGCCGGGCUGGUCACCAAGGGCACCUGAGCCCCUAGAGCCCAUGUUAGUACUUGCCUGGGCUAAUGCAGAAAAGAAGGGGUGGGAGUGCCACUGGUGAGCUGGGAGCCCUUAAGGCCACCUCCCUGGCGGAGGCCUCAUUGUUCCUGCCCCUGCCCACGUGCGCGCUAGACUGAGUGCAUGAACUUCGUGAAGUUGCUGCAUGCCUACAACCGCACCCACUUGCUGGCCUGUGGCACAGGGGCCUUCCACCCAACCUGUGCAUUUGUGGAGGUGGGCCAGCGGCUGGAGGAGCCCAUGCUCCGGCUGGACCUUCGAAGGCUAGAGGAUGGCAAGGGCAAGAGUCCUUAUGACCCCAGGCAUCGGGCUGCCUCCGUGCUGGUGGGGGAAGAGCUGUACUCGGGAGUAGCCGCAGACCUCAUGGGCCGGGACUUUACCAUCUUCCGCAGCUUGGGUCAUCGUUCAAGUCUCCGAACGGAACCACACGAUUCCCGCUGGCUCAACGAGCCCAAGUUCGUCAAGGUCUUUUGGAUCCCGGAGAGUGAGAACCCGGACGACGACAAGAUCUACUUCUUCUUCCGUGAGUCGGCAGUGGAGGCCACGCCGGCCCUGGGACGCCUGUCUGUGUCCCGCGUUGGCCAGAUCUGCAGGAACGACGUGGGUGGCCAGCGCAGCCUGGUCAACAAGUGGACUACGUUCCUGAAGGCGCGGCUGGUGUGCUCAGUGCCCGGUGCUGAGGGCGAUACGAACUUUGACCAGCUGCAGGACGUGUUCCUGCUGUCCUCGCGGGAUCGCUGGACCCCGCUGCUCUAUGCUGUCUUCUCCACGACCAGCAGCAUCUUCCAGGGCUCCGCAGUGUGCGUGUACAGCAUGAAUGAUGUGCGCCGGGCUUUCCUGGGACCCUUUGCACACAAGGAGGGGCCCGUGCACCAGUGGGUGUCCUACCAGGGCCGUGUCCCCUACCCCCGACCUGGCAUGUGCCCCAGCAAGACCUUUGGCACCUUCAGUUCCACCAAGGACUUUCCUGAUGAUGUCAUCCAGUUUGCCCGGAACCACCCGCUCAUGUACAAUUCGGUCCUGCCCAUGGGGGGGCGCCCCCUCUUCCAACAAGUGGGUGCCGGGUACACCUUCACCCAGAUCACUGCGGACCGUGUAGCAGCUGUUGACGGAUACUACGACGUCCUCUUCAUUGGCACAGAUGCUGGCACGGUGCUGAAGGUGAUCUCCGUCCCCAAGGGUGGCCGGCCUAAUGCUGAGGGGCUGCUCCUGGAGGAGCUGCACAUGUUUGAGGACUCAGCUGCUGUCACCAGCAUGCAAAUCUCCUCCAAGAGGCACCAACUGUACGUAGCCUCUCGGAGCGGGGUGGCCCAGAUCCCGUUGCACCGCUGCGCUGCCCACGGCCGCGCCUGUGCCGAAUGCUGUUUGGCACGUGACCCUUACUGCGCCUGGGAUGGGGCCGCGUGCACGCGCUUCCAGCCCAGUGCCAAGAGGAGGUUCCGACGGCAGGAUGUAAAGAACGGUGACCCCAGCACACUGUGCACCGGGGACUCAUCCCAUCCUGCGCUGCUGGAGCGGAAGGUGUUCGGUGUGGAGGGAGGUAGCGCCUUCCUGGAGUGUGAGCCCCGCUCGCUGCAGGCGCGCGUGGAGUGGACCUUCCAGCGCGCGGGGGAGGCGGCCUACACUCAGGUGCCCGCAGAGGAGCGAGCCGAACGCACGAUGCGGGGCCUGCUGCUUCGCUGGUUGCGGCGUGGGGACUCAGGCGUGUACCUGUGCGCAGCCGUGGAGCAGGGCUUUUCGCAGCCAAUGCGUCGCCUGGCGCUGCACGUGCUGAGUGCUGCGCAGGCUGAAAGGCUGGCCCGGACCGAGGAUGCUGCGCCCGUUGCGCCGACGGGCCCCAAGCUCUGGUACCGGGACUUCCUGCAGCUGGUGGAGCCGGGCGGCGGUGGUACGAACUCCCUGCGAAUGUGUCGUCCGCAGCCCGCGCCGCGCCCACCGCCUCCCGAGUCGCGGAGGAAGGGCCGCAACCGGAGGACACACGCCCCAGAACUGCGUGCUGAGCGGGGGCCGCGCAGCGCAGCGCACUGGUGACUCGGCCGUCCCCACACUGGGGACUGGGGAGGUGGCAGCAGCAGAGAGAGGGGGUGGUCAGACCCUGGGAAGCAGCUAGGGCCCCGGCACACAGCGGUUCCUGGUGGAGGGAAGACACCGACCCGACAGGCCCUGGCCAACAGGCAGCCAUGCCGGCUUAUUUAUUAACAGAGAAUAAUCCUUGAAUGCAACCCCGAUAGGGGCGGCCCAGGCUGCGCACAGGGUCCAGCUGGUCAGGAGGAGGCAGAGAAGCAGGGUCCCCGAGCAACGACCUGGGUGGGGGAGGUGCCCAGAAUGCCCACCCUGGGGGAAGGGCCACCUCUUUGGGCAGUGAGCAGAAAGCUGUGAACAGGCUGGGGUGGGGGUGGGGGUGGGGCAGGCCGACUGUACUAAUGCAAUAAACAUGUUAUCAGC